UUAGCUUUGCAGCAGGUGGUUACAAGAUGUUAGAAGGGACGAGCAUCAAAACAAAUGCAUGGAUAUAGACCUGCUUCUGUACCAGUUCCAGAAAAGAUGGUGGCCUCUGUGCACCCCUUGCUCACCUCAAGCAAACAUGUUCAACCUGAUGAGCAACUGUUGCACCUGGGUCGCCAAAAUACAGGAGCCAAUCAGGAAGGUGACUAUUCUUGUGGUUGGUCUUGACAAAGCGGGAAAAACAUCUUCCAUCAGAGGGAUGUUAAGAGUCCCACCUAGUGGGGAUGCAGGCCCAACCCAUGGCUGCAUCAGAACUGAGCUGAGAGUGGAGAACUAUCUGGUCGUGUUGCUGGAUGUCGGAGGGUCAGCAGAGUCCCGAGGAGCCUGGAGGCAGUACUAUGGAGAAGCCCAUGGCAUCAUCUUUGUGGUUGACUCCAGCGACAGGCAGCGAGUGAGGGAGGUCAAGGAGGUUCUUGCGGACUUGUUGAAGCAACCAAGGGUGGCAGGAAAACCCAUACUGGUGUUGGCCAACAAGCAGGACAAGAUGAACGCUUUGCUUGGAAGUGAACUUAUAGAGAGUCUGUCUCUGGAAAAGCUGGUCAACCAGAGCCGCUCUGUGUGCCAUAUUGAGCCUUGUUCUGCCUUAAUGGAUCUGCGGCGCUGGUCGGACAGGAAGACGCUGCGAGGCCUUCGUUGGUUGCUCCGUGCAGUUUGUCUGGAUUAUCCAGAACUUUGUGCUCGUGUUGCUCAGGACAGCAAAAGACCUCUGGAGCCGAAAGAAAGGGAAAAAAUUGGAAAAGAUGAGAAAGUGCGCCGAAAAACCAAAACAGAACGAAUGCGAUCGAGCAAGACAGAUCUGCAUCCGGUACAUCGACCCAGGGAGGAGAAGAAGAAAAAGUCGAAAGAAGGGAAGCUGCAGCCCAUCCGGAACAUGUUGCAAAAGGAAAACACACUCAAAAAGAAGCUGAGAAAGAAAAAAGCUGUAAAGGUCAAAGAGGGAGAACUCAACAAUAAAGAAGCCCAUGAACAGGAGGAGGAAGAGGAGGAUGGUGAGGGUAACGGAGGAGAGCAAGAAAACUCCGGUGACAGAGACAAAGCCAGCGUUGCCCUGAUCCCUCAGAGAAAAGGCAAACUGAAACCCAAGACAAGCGUGAAAGAAGAGAGAGCGGGCGCACCCGAAUCCCCGGAUAACGGCGAGCUGCUGCUCAAAGUGAAAGGAGAGAGGAAGAAAAAGAAGAAAGUUGUGAAGGUGAAAAGAAAAAAUAAAAUCAACACAGAGGGGACCCCUGGAGGGGAGCCUAUGGACCUGUCUGAGACCUUUGGUGAGCCUAUUCCACUUCUUCCCUCCAUCAGUGAAAUGCAGUACUGCCGUGGGCUCUGACAUCAACAAGACCCCACUUUUAAAAGAUAACCCUGUCUCCUGAUAGAUCUUUACCGAAAAGCAAUACUGGCUCUGAAGGAACGCCAGGAAAAGGGGCAGUGAGAGGGAGUCCUGUGUGUCCUGCCGUUUGAAUGUGAAGAUAAGAACCAUAGCAGUAGAGUACAACGCACUGCAUGAUUUCCAAAGCUUUCUCUGCAGCCUAUCAAUAACAACACAACCUGACGGACAACCUGAUCCCUGAGCUUUUGGGGAAAACCUGAAGAUCCCAAAAGGUGUUGAAGGGCUGGUUUUUCAAAGUAAAUAAUACCACAAUCAUAAAUAAAUAGGUUGCAUUAUGUCUGCUUUGCCAAGAUGUUUGUACAUAUGUAUGCUGUUUUGAAAGAAAGAGAAAACAUAAUUUUUAACUAUAAUUUUUGUAUGAUGUAAAGCAGAGCUUGAAAAUGAUGGCACUGUGAUGACCUGAUAUCCCAUUUGUUUGUAAGUAUUAAAGAUAUUGUGUCUUGUUGCUCGACAUGUUGCAUGUGUCCUCAUUUUUCUAAUAGUAAAAACUGAAAGAAAAAAAAAUCGAACGAAAAACUAUAGAUGUUUAUGUGUACAAACGUGUUAAAUCUCCAAAAUAUCUUAGAUUAAUCAGAACUCUAUUAAAAUACAGUAUAUGGCUCCUAAUUUGACUAGUUCAUUUGUAACUGGCUCACU